AUGGCUACUGAAGACGAUCUUUUCGACGUAUUCGACGGUGAGGUCCCACAAGAAGAAGAGGAGGAUGUUGAAGUGAUGCCUGACGUUAAGGCUGGUGGUAGUAGGGAAGGGCAUAGCCUCUGUUCGAUCCCGAACCCCAUCUGGGGAUGA